AUGGACGAGUUGAUAGUCAAUGUAGACGAAGGUUCACUUGAUGUGAACCUAAAUCUGAUGAAUAUUGCAUCAGAUGAUGAUGAUGGACUUGUAAGUCUUGAAUCACGUAAUGGAGAUGCUGUCCAGCAUAUCCCCAAUGGACUUGUAAGUCUUGAAUCACCUGAUGGAGAUGCUGUCCAGCAUAUCCCCAAUGGGGAAAGUGCUUGUGCUACUGAGGAGGUUCAGGAGGGUGAUGAUCCUCAAAAGCAUGCUUGUGAAAGGAAGCCAAGGAAGAAGACCUCUCCAAUUUGGAAGGACUUUAAGGAAUUACUGCAAUCAGGUGUGAAGAAAGCUCAGUGCAUUCACUGUAAAUCUAUCCUUGGCAUUCCUGCUUCGAGCGCCACAACUCAAUUUCAUAGGCACUUGAAUAGCUGUAUUCCACUCAUAGUAGCUAGCAAGAAGCAGAAGGUGAUUACAUUUGACUCUGAUUGUGGCAGUGUGGGCUCCAGAUCAUGUUUUACUUAUGAUCAUAAGAAGGUACGAGAGCUUGCUUCUCAUAUGAUACUUUACCAUGACUAUCCUUUUAUGGUAGUGGAACAUGUUUUGUUUAACAAGUUUAUGAGGGCUAACACUCCUUAUUGGCAAAAGAUAUCUCGUACAACUGCUAAAAGUGAUUGUAUGUCUACCUAUGAAAUAGAGAAAAAGAAGUUGAAAAAUUUGUUGAAAAAUGUUAACAAAGUAAAUAUAACUACUGACAUGUGGACCUUAGGUCAGAGAGUGUCUUAUAUGGGAAUUGAGAAUAAGGUAUCUACAAUAACAGUAGACAAUGCAAGAAACAAUGAUGUGGCCAUUCGAAUUUUAAAAGAUGAUUUUACUUUGAAAAAGACAUUAGCUGUUAAGGGACAACUCUUUCAUGUACGUUGUUGUGCUCAUAUCACUAAUCUAUUGGUGGAAGAUGGUAUUAGUCAAAUUGGAGAUAUUGUGGAUUGUGUUAGGGAUGGUACAAAGUAUAUAGUUGCAUCGGAUGGUAGGUUGAAGCAAUUUCUUAAAAUUGCAAAGCAGUUACAAUUGUCCUAUAAGAAACUGAUUUUAGAUGUUCCUACUAGGUGGAAUAACACUUAUAUGAUGUUGUCUACUGCAUUAGAGUUUAGGGAGGUGUUCCCAAGGUAUGAAGAUAGGGAUCAAAGCUUUCAUUGGGUGCCAAGUGUUGAUGAUUGGGUUAAAGUUGAGAAUGUUUGUCAUGUUUUAGAGGUUUUUAAUGAGGUGACAAAGAUAGUAUGA